GCGCCUGGGGACCAGGACGAGGGGGUGUGCGCCCUGCAGCAGCCGCCAUGGGGGGCGGAUUCAGGGCCUCGUGGAUUUUCCCCUUGGUCUUGGCUGGGUUCAUUCAGCCUAACCAGGGACAGGAGAAACAGAAGGUGGACUGUUACAACUCCGUGGAGGGAACAAUCUACAACUACGGGGCCGUCACCAUAGACGGGCGAGAGUACGUCCCCUUCAGGAAGUACAAAGGGAAGAUGAUCCUCUUCGUGAACGUGGCCACCUACUGAGGACUCACCCUGCAGUACCUGGAACUGAAUGCACUACACACGGAGCUGGCGCCCUACGGCCUCACCGUCCUGGGCUUCCCGAGCAACCAGUUUGGCAAGCAAGAGCCUGGCGAGAACGACGAAAUCCUCCCCGCGCUGAAAUACGUCCGGCCCGGGGGCGGCUUUGUCCCAAACUUCCAGCUCUUUCAGAAAGGGGAUGGGAAUGGGGAGAAGGAGCAGAAGUUCUACACCUUCCUGAAGAACUCCUGCCCGCCCGUGGUGGAAAGCUUCGGCGACCCCAAAAGGCUCUUCUGGGAACCCCUGAAGGUCCAUGACAUCAAGUGGAACUUUGAGAAGUUCCUGGUCGGCCCCACGGGGCAGCCUGUGAUGAGGUGGAGCCCCCGGACGAACAUGGCCGCGGUGAAGAACGACAUCGUGGAUUACAUGAGGCGGCAGGCCUUCCUCCUGGGGCGGCAGCAGGAGGGCAGGGAACGCUAAUGCAGAGAUGCGAGCGGCGAGGUUGGGCUGCUCCGGCUCUUGCCCCGGACCCGUGACAGAUGGGCUUGGAUAACGUGCAUCGUCUCACCCCUCCCCACCCAGCCGGCCACCCCGGGGAACCUCUCCUGCAGCCCUCGGCUCUUCAGAGGGCGAGGCCUCCCGCGCUGCUGUAUGCUUGGGCGCAGGUGCGUGAGAGCCGGGCCGGGGCUCCGGGCACUAGGAGAAGGCAUCACCGUGAAGGCCAGGUCUGAAAGCCCCCAAAGGGUGGACUUGGCCCAAGCCUGUGGGGGUGCAGAGCGGCCCUUCCAGUGCAUUCAGUCGCUCUGCAGGUUCCUCCGCAGGGAUGCGCUCUCCUCCCCCCCCAGGGAACCCAGCUCCUCCUCCCACGCCCGCCCACAGCCUGUGUAGAGCUGUAGCCAUGCAAAAUAAACACCUGUGCAAACGU